AUGUCCGACUUGCAACACCGGCUCCUUGCCCGCCUCGAUGCCGACGGGAAGAUCGACAACACCUUGCAGGUAGACGAGUUCAAGGCGCUUGACUCGCAGCAGCUCCAGGCGGCGCUCACGUCGUUGGCGGCGAAGCUGAUGGUGACGCUGACAAAGAAAGAAACCGACCAGUGGAACCUUACUGACGAAGCCAAGCGCUACGUCGCUGCCGGCGCCACUCCCGAAAUCGAAGUGGUGAAGGCGGUGCUUUCUAAGCCCGCUGGUGAAGGUAUGCUGGUCGCCGAAAUCCAAGAGGCCGUCACCAAGCCCAUCGCCGCCGUUGGCCAGGGUAAGGCGUUCAAGAACAAGUGGUUGAAGAAGGACGGUGACCGCAUCGUCGCCCUUGUCGACUCGACCCCCACCGAUACCGUGUUGGACCAAUUAAACACCAUUGCCUCCACCGGCACUCUCGCCGACGCCAAGGAGUUGCAGGAGUUGAAGAAGCGUAAGCUUGUCACCUUGACCAAGAUCAUCGGCUACCAAGUGGAAAAGGGGCCUGAAUUCUCCCUCGAAAUCAAGCAACUCGAAACCGAUAUCACCCUGGACAUGAUCGUCAACGGCACCUGGAAGGAAAAGGAGUUCAAGCCGCUCAACUUUGUCCUGGAAGGGAUCUACCCCCAGCUGGGGGCGUUGCACCCGUUGAACAAGGUCAAGGAAGAGUUCAGACAGAUCUUCUUCCUGAUGGGGUUCACCGAGAUGCCCUCGAACCAAUACACCGAGACGGGGUUCUGGAACUUCGACACCCUUUUCGUGCCUCAACAGCACCCGGCCCGUGACUUACAAGACACUUUCUACCUUAAAGACCCCGCGGUGGCCAAGAAGCCCGAGGACGAGACUUACUGGAAGAACAUCCAACAGGUCCACCAAGAGGGUAAGUACGGCUCUAUCGGCUACCGCUACCCGUGGAAGGCCGAGGAAUCGUUGAGAAUGGUGCUCAGAACCCACACCACCGCCAUCUCGGCGGCGAUGUUGCACAAGCUCGCCCAGGACCCGAAGCCGGUGCGGUUGUUCUCGAUCGACCGGGUGUUCCGUAACGAAGCCGUCGACGCUACUCACUUGGCAGAAUUCCAUCAAGUGGAAGGGGUGAUUGCAGGCUACGACAUCACCCUCGGUGACCUUAUUGGCUUCAUGGAAGACUUCUUCGGCAAGAUGGGUGUCGACGGUCUCAGAUUCAAGGCCGCCUACAACCCUUACACCGAGCCGUCGUUGGAAAUCUUUGCCUACCACAAGGGGUUGGGCAAGUGGGUGGAGAUUGGUAACUCGGGGAUGUUCCGUCCCGAGAUGUUGGAGGCGAUGGGCUUGCCCAAGAACAUGAGAGUGUUGGGGUGGGGGUUGUCGCUUGAACGGCCCACCAUGAUCAAGUACGGGGUGCUGAACAUCCGGGAGUUGGUGGGGCACAAGGUGUCGUUGGACUUUGUCGAGACGAACCCGGCGGCGAGAUUGGACGAGUUGUUGUGA